GGCCCCUCCCGAAGCCACGCCGGAGACUUCCAGGAGGGCCCCCCCCACCCCGGCGAGAACCCGGCGCCGAAGUCUCUCCGCCUCCGAGGGUUCUCCGACACGCAGUGCGCCGAGAAGAAGGAGAAGAGGAAAUUCUGGAUCGCUCUCUCGAGGGAAGAGAUCGAAGAGGAUAUCUUCGUUAUGACCGGGUCCAGGCCCGCUCGCAGGCCCAGAAAGCGGCCCAAGAAUGUCCAGAAACAAAUCGAUAGUGUUUUCCCUGGGUUAUGGUUAGUUGGUAUUACCGCCGACGCUUACAGAGUCGCUGAUACACCCGCCAAGCGGUGAAGCCAACUUAGGAAGCUUCUGGUUCUCGACAUUAUGGAGGUACACACGUGUGGAAUUUUGUAAAGAGCGAAAAGAGAAAAACAGCAACAAAUAUUGGAUUCGAACGACGUCGUCGUUGUUGAUGGUGAUUUUCGGCACUAGGUUUUAGAUGCAAGGGGAAGCUUUAGUUCAUUUUUACUACUUCAUCGCUGUAACCAAAGGAAUAUAUAUGAAUGAAUAUCGUGAAUGAGUAUAUAUAGAUUAAUUAAUAGAGUUUUAAUCUUCACUUCACAGCUUUUGUUUGCUGAUUCUUAUGCUUUUCGAUUUUCACAGGCUUAGCUUGUAGUUUAUUAGCUAAACCACCAAUUUCAUUUAUUGGAGGCUCUGCAUCUGAAUCUGCAAUGCUUCCUUCCUUGUUCCCAAGCGUCGGAAGAAUCCUCGUGAGGUUGAAAGUUACUGCAAUCAUUGCAUGCUUUUCUGCCUUUCUCUAUGUAUUGUUAUUUCACUUAUUUGAUUUGAUUCACUUUCUCCUUUUGGAUUUUGCAUCGAUCAUCUUAAUCGUAACCAUCAUUGAAGACACGCAAAAUCUUAGAUAUUAAUGAGAAGAAGCUUCAAAAGCAGUUUAAAAUUA